AUGAGUGAAAGAGGCUCGGAAAUCGUUUUUCGGGCGGAGAACAUCCCGGUCCGGUUCUUCAAAGCAUGUCGGUGGUGUCGCCGGCAAAAGAUGCGGUGCGAUGCACGCAACCAGGUCCCAUGCUUCCGUUGUCGCUCAACGGGCCGCGACUGCGUCUUGGACCCCAUUGAAGAUAACAGAAGACGUACUGAACGUCGGAGAAAAACUACAACGCCCGCGCGCGGCUCGACGGUGACUUCUCCACUAGAUCAGCGUAGCGGAUUUCAUACUCCGGCUUCAAGAGACGAGGAAUAUUCUCCAGUUGCUGGUCAGGAUACUUCUUUCGAUACCUCGAUUGAUUCAUUUCCACAGUCUUCGCUAGGGAGAGUGCGAGGGUCUCAGACUGCGGAUCAUCAUGCACAUGGUCAUGAUUCGCAACAGUUGAGUCCCGAUGAUAUGAUAGCGCCGGUGUCAGCGGUGCACUCCAUGUCUGUCAAUCUAAUUGGGACGGAUGAGAUUUUCAUGGAACAUUCAAGCAGUGGAGACCCGAGAGGAGAUAUUAUUGUUCGAGGUAUUGUCAGCGAAGAACGGGCACGAGUCAUGUAUGAGAGAUUUACCGGCGGAAGCAAGAACUAUUUACCCGUCUUUGACCCCAUCCGCGAUACAUUCGACUCAAUACGGUCGCGUUCACUAUUCUGUUUCACAGUGAUAAUCUACCUGGCCAGCAGGGCCGUGGUGGAUCUCCGCAGUGACACCCACAUGCAACGUGUACUCCAAGACGAAGCGCAGAGACUCGCUGAAGACAGCUUCUUUGAACGCCCCACGAAGCUCGAAACGGUUCAGGGCAUGAUUUUACUCGCCGCAUACUCCGAGAAAACCUGGUUCUCAACUGCACUCAUUUUGCGAACAGCCUUGGAUUCCGGUUUAGAAAAGUCACUUGACAAAUUGCUAUCUCAAGAGAAUCUGCCGAGAAGCUCACUUUCUGCAUCCAUGUCUGACCGCCAGUUGGUAUGGCAGGUGCGGACUUGGCUCAUCAGUUUCACGUUGGAGCUGGAUGUUGCUUCAGGCACUGGUCGCAAGUCACGCAUUGGUGAAGUAGAUAUCAUGAAGCUACGCAAGUUUCUCGAUUAUCCGCUUUCGCUUCCAUGUGAUAUGCGGACUGUCUGUAUCAUUGAACUUCAUCAACUCCGAGGUCACUCUCGUGUAAUUCUUGAUAACACGGGGACAGUCCAGGACAUAGUCUCAACAGAGCUCCCUGCUAUAAUGACCAGGCUACAGAACUGGUGGACAACAUGGGAUGAGAUCCACAGUAAUAAUGGGUUCCAUUCAGGUGCAUUCCAACGCAGCAGUCUCAAGCUGAUGGUUAAUUACGCAAGAAUUUUCGUCUUAUGUGCCUCCUUGGCACGCAUCCAGAAAUUACAGCCUGCAAACUCUGAGUCUGAGAUUACUGAUCAGAAUGUAUUGAACCUGUGGCAAUCACUCAUUACGACGAUCAUGGAUCAAUUGGCAUUCUUGAUCGACUGGCCGUCGUACCGAUGCCAGCUUCCGUGGGCUCCAACCUAUCCAGCUCUAACCAUUGCCUUUGUCACGGAAAAGAUCUGCGAUUUUUUGAAGCAGCCACCAUACCCAGACAUCCAACGCACUGUCUCGAUCUUCGUCAACUAUGCCCGGGCAUUGAUUGCCAGCCAACGUUCACAAAGCAAUGACAGCACAGAGGGCCCCCACGUAUCCGAGCAGGGUGAUAGACAAGUUCCCUCCAACAGAGGCCCAGACAGUCCCAUGCAGAAUGCCCCGCCUUUGGCACCUCUCGUCGAUCAUCGGUACAGAUCCGGCACAGCUUUCCCGAGUGAUAAGGAUUCAAGCAUGGUCACCAUGCCAGGUAGUGAUGUAGCUGCGACCACCAGACCGCCUCUUCCCAGAAUGCCUGACACGAUGGAAGCCCCGAACUGGACCAUGUCCAAUUCCAUUGCCGAGUCCUUCGACAAGAUGAAAAGUCCCCAUAAAACUGCCACUAUCAUAGUUCAGUCCGAAAAGCGUCAUAAUGAAAAUGAUGAUUACACACUGGUUGAAUUAACUCCGGAGGAAACUCUAGUCGAGUUCUCCCCGGACUCAACAGCAGACCCAAACCAGUGGAUAUUUAGCAAGAAAAUGUACAAUGCUAUCGUGGGUCUCUUAGUGGUCCUCAAUAGUGGCGUGUCAUCUUCCCUGCCUAGUAAUGCAGUCCCCACAAUCAUGCAGGACUUUGGCCUGCCAGGAAAUGGUCAAAAGGUCUUGCCAACCUCCAUUUUCCUAAUCGGGUACUGCAUCGGGCCUCUGGUCUGGAGUCCUCUAAGUGAAACGGUGGGACGGCGACCGGUUCUAUUCUGGAGUUUUACCAUCUUCUUUCUUGGUACCUUGGGUUGUGCCCUGGCGCCCAACUGGUCAUCGCUCUUAAUCUUCCGUGUCAUCUGCGGCACUAUGGCUGCGGCACCACAGACCGUUGUUGGGGGUGUGUAUGCAGACUUGUUUUCUGAUUUACGUAGUCGUGGGCGUGCGAUGGCCUUGUACAUGUCGGCGUCAAGCUUUGGUCCCAUUGUUGGCCCGAUCAUUUCAGGAUGCUCGGUACAGUAUGGCUGGCGAUGGACAUUCCGCAUCGACAUGAUAUUCAGCGGCCUUACUUGGCUGGGUCUGCUCUUUUAUUCUGAAACAUUUGCGCCAGUCAUUCUCAAGAAACAAGCUUCCAAGCUUAGGAAAGACACAGAGUGUGGCCGAUAUUUCGCCCCGCAGGAGUUGAAAAAGGCGGAUGCCGCAUUCACCUUAACCCAAACCAUCACCCGGCCUUUGACCAUGUUGAUUUUUGAGCCCAUCAUCUUGUUCACAGCUAUUUACAUCUCUCUCGCCUGGAGUAUGGUCUUCUUCUAUUUCCAGGCAUAUCCCAUCAUUUUUGAGGGUAUUUACGGUUUUGAUGUCGCAAUGACCUCUCUCACAUACAUCCCAGUGGGUGUCGGCGCUGCAUCAUCCUGUCUUUUCGCCUUCACUUAUGACACCAUCUACGAAAAGGCUAAGAAACUCGGCAAACACUGGACGUCUAGUCCCGAAUACCAUCGACUUCCACUGUCCUGUGCAGCAGGUCCUCUUCUAGCGGGUAGUCUAUUUUGGCUUGCUUGGUCGGCUAAAGCAUCUGUUCACUGGGCGGUGCCCGUCAUGUCGGGCAUGGUCUUCGGAAUGGGAUACCAAACCACCUUUAUAUCACUACUUACCUAUGUCACCGACGCAUACCGUAUAUAUUCUGCCAGUGCUCUGGCUGCGUCCGUCAUCUUGCGGAGUAUUGCUGGAGCGCUGUUCCCUCUCGCUGCGGAUCCACUUUAUGCGAAACUCGGGGUGUCGUGGGCGACCUCAGUCCUUGGAUUCGCCGCUUUGGCUUGUAUGCCGAUUCCUUUUGCCCUUCUCUAUUUUGGUCCGUGGAUUCGUAAGAGAAGUCCGUUCUGCCAGCGGCUAUUGGAAGAAGAUAUGUCGAAGGCUGGGAGUGGAACGCGGACGCCUGAAGAGGCGUGA